UUUCAAACCCCUUCUGUGUCUCUCCUCUCCCCACCCACAUCAGCGAUUCCCCCCUUUCUCCCCUUCCUCGUCGUCGCCUCCUCCUUCCUCCUCCCCGCAAAACCCUAACCCUAAUCGAGCGAUCCGCGAUUCCGCCGACGCGGAGAGCUCGAGGGAGCGGGAGAGAGAGGAGGCCCUAGCUCUUGAACGAGGACGAGGACGAGGACGAGGACGAGGACGAGGACGAGGACGUGGGCGAGUCCGUUGGGGUGGAUUUUUGGUGGUGUUUUCGCGGGUGGUUUCCUGUAGCUGGUAUUCGCUAGGGCUUCGGAUUUGCUCCCCUGAAUUUUUUUGCUAGGGGAUCGGGGUUAGUAUCGGACAGGAUGAGUAGUAAGAGGGAGGAGGAGAGGAAUGAGAAGAUCAUCAGAGGUCUCAUGAAGUUGCCUCCAAAUAGGCGAUGCAUCAAUUGCAAUAGCCCGAGUGUGCAGUAUGUGUGUAUGGAUUUUUGGACCUUCGUGUGUGCUACGUGCAGCGGAAUACAUCGUGAAUUCACGCACCGGGUUAAGUCGGUUUCCCUGGGCAAGUUUAACAGGCAGGAAGUUGAGGCCCUCCAGAAAGGUGGUAAUCAGCGUGCAAGAGAAAUAUAUUUGAAAGACUGGGACAUGCAGCGCAUGAGAUUGCCAGACAACAGCAACGUUGAGAAGAUAAGGGAUUUCAUCAGAAGUGUUUAUGUGAAUAAGAAAUAUGCUGGGGGGAGGUCCUCUGAAAGGGUGCCUAGAGAUUUGGAGAAUCUCAAGAACCAUGAAGAAGAUGUAAGAAGGGCAAGCUCUUAUCAUUCUUAUUCUCAGAGCCCACCUUAUGAUGAUCAAUAUGAGGAUAGACGGUACGGAAAACAAGCAAGUAUGCUCAGCCGAAGGCCAGGUUCAGAUCGGGCAAUUUAUGAGGGGAGGUUACGUAGCUUCAUAUUUAGCCCUGGUCGUAUGCGUGAGAACAUGUACGAAGAUAGGUUUGCCAAUGAGAGUUCUGGUUCAAGAUUUUCGGAUUUCUCACUCUCUAGCGCAAGUGAUCAGUUCAGGUAUGAUGCGAAGUCACCAAGUUCUCAGGGCACAGGGUACCACAGUCCUCCUGUACACCAAUUAAGGGAUGUUCUUAUUGAAGAUCAGCCCAAGAUUCUAAAUGAGCAUUCUGAUGUGGUUGCUCGAAGGGAUUUAGAUGGAAUCCAACGUCCACAGAGAACUGCAUCGUCAGGCAGUUUCGGAUCCUUGGAAAGCAGUACAUUAUCUAGAAAAUCAGUUGAUUCUUGCAGCAUAGUUGAUGUUGCUGCAGAGCCUGUUCAAUUUACUGGAAACCAGCACCCAGUAGCAUCUCCAUCUCCCCUUUCAGCCCAACCGCAUGCCUCCUUGCGUUCCACAAACCAAGUUUUCAAUCAACCAAUCACGCAACCAUCAGCUGCUUACUCUUAUCCAAUCACUGGCUUCGGCGAUCAGCCUUCGUCUUUGGCUCCUCCUGAGCAGAAACCGUCUUCAACACCAUUCUCAGAAAAUCAAGGAUGGGCUACAUUUGACUUACCUAAUAAUGCUAGUUCUGCUUCUGAUUCAAAUCCAAAUACAAUGCUUUCUGUUUUAAUUCCACCUCCUGGUGGAGUACCUAAAGUGAUGGAUGCCUUGAAAACAGAGGUUUUGGUUCAAAAUCCAAUGGCUUCAGGACCUAUCUCUUUGACAGAUAAUCAGUGGCAUGUAGGUGUACAUGAAGCUGAGAGAACUUCCGGCCAAGAAAAGUUUCAGCCUUGGAAUGCUUUUGAUGACUCUAUUGCUAAUGUACAUCAUAAUUCGCUUGGAAACCAACCACAAAUCAACGUGCCACAUGUUCCUUUCCCCCGGUCUUUUGUAUCUGGCGAUCAUGCUGGAAUUGGAACUUCAAAGGAGUUGGUCGAGGAGGUUGGAAAAUCAGAUGGUAAUGACAUAGGCGCUGGUCUUAAUUUUGCAUCUGGUGGUUUUGCAGAAUCAUCUUUUUCAGCAUCACUUCAAUCAUUGCCGGGAGUGGUCUCUCAGACAACAAAGUCAACAAAUCCUUUUGAUCUCCCAUUUGAGUCAGAGUUGGAAGUCAAGGAUGCGUUUUUGGACAUGAGCUCUUUACAAGCAGUAUUGCCAAAUCCGGAAGCUCCAGCUGAUUAUGUUGCCAGCUUAGCACAACCAUGGUUUCCUCAGAAUCCCGCCUUUUUGUAUUAUCCUUCCUUUCCCCCGGCAGGACUAGCAUACAUGAGUGGACAUGCACCAAAUACUCAAAUACCGAAUUUAUCGCCGCAAGAUCCCAUAGAAUCUCUUGGUGGGAAUGCAACUCUUGGAGGGAAUCCAUUUGCAUGAAGUGCCUGUAAAGAAUUUGUCAAAGUUCUCCACGUAAGGUCUUUUGCUUCUCCCACAUUUGUUGAUACGUCACGUAGGCGAAGAAAUUAUCAAUUGAAGGUAAUUAGUAUUCCACUUAAGGAAAGAAAAAAAAUCGUCAGUGUGUUGUUUGUGCAAAUAUUCCCUUCCUAAGUACCGAGCUAUGUUGAAAGAUCAAAAGAUUGCACCCUGAUGUUUUUCGAAUUUAAUUUUUUUAUGAAUUGGCAGAAACUUCAAAUAGCACUCGAGGCGUGCUUCAUCGGCUUUCCAAUGCAAAUAGAUAAGGAGAGCAAUGUAGCAUGAUUUCAUUUUUGCUGGUUUUCCUUGUAUUGAUUGUUUCCAUCACCUUUACCUAUAUACAGUAGUGUAUCUUAUUAAGGAAUUCCAAUUCUUUAUGUACUGAGAAGGCCAUGUUUGGAUUUUUUUUUAAUUUACUUUUUUUAUGUUUCUCUGCUCAACUAUUCUCAUGUGUCAUGACUAUAGGGUUUUGUAAUACCAUAUAGCGUCUGACGAUGUUUCUAAUGA